CGGCGUGUCCCUUUGUUGUUGUUGUUGGCGGUGUGCUUUUUUUUUCUUUUUUUCUCUUAGACGGUACAGGAGAGAGCUUUUUCGUGGCUGUUGAUGUGGUGGAAAGGAAGAUUAGUCGAUGUGGUGCGGGGAAACGUGCUCUUGUGCUUGUUUGCGCUUCGGGGAAACGUGACUCUGAGUGAGUGGGGCUUUUCUUUGCCUUCGACUUCUCAGGUGUUCUAUUUUUAUGGUUAUUCUGAUUCAGGUGAUCUCGGGAAAAUUUCCUUUGUCUGUAUCGCGAGUCGAGGGGGCUGGAAAAGUGGCACGCCGGGGCUGGGAUGAAAAUACGAAUUGGCUUUAUCAAAGAUUUAAGGUCCGAAAAUAAUCCAUCGAUUCGCGGGUGAAAAAUUGCCACCUGAAAAGUGCACGCGACGUUGGAAUAAACAAAUCUUAUCUUCCAGUACCCGAAUCGGCUCGCUCGUCAAUUUUUCAACCCCAACUAUCGAUGUUCGUUUAAUUAAAGGCUCUUUCGAUCGAACCGCUCGUAAAUAGAGGUUCUUGUUUUCGGGGAUCAUUAAAAUGGAAAUGCUCGAGUGUACGAUACUUCGAACGUAAUUAAAAUUAAAACAAAGAUAAAAUAGCUGUGACAACUUUUGUGUUAAAAGUUUCAUUUGAAAAAAAAAAAAAAAAAUAUCAGAAAAAAAUGCACAGCACUCAAGAAAAGAUAUUGUUAUUAGCGGAGUAAUGAGGAAACGAAGAAUACCGUAUUCACGGAUACCAGCGUUGCUCGAUGCGACGCUGAAAUGGAGAGAGAGCUUUUAUUCUCAUUUGCAAGAGUAUUCACAGAUGUAAUUUUACAUGAUCGGAAGUGAAAGAAGAUCUUGGAUUUUUUUUAAAAGAGACUAGGAUAAGAUGAUUUGAUGCUCGAGAUUCAGCGGUGGCCCGGAGGUCCAGUGCCGAGAACCGCAGGAUGACACAGGGCAGUUUACACUGGCAAGGAACCCAGAGACGAGCCUACGCUCCAGGAGCCAAUUGGAAUGUUCAGGUGGUGAGGAGCAAGGCAACAACGCGCUGUCUCUGGCACGCCUGCAAGGCUCUAGGUGUUGGUUUGCUGCUCAUGCUGCUGGGCGCCUGUAUGGCUACUAUUGGUUAUUACGCAGAUCAGUUGUCCGUAGCGCAAGAGAUCCGCGGCAACUUGACGGUAAGAGUCAAGAACGAGUCCCGAGGUAUUCACCUCAACAACCUCAGCUACGCUGGACCCAUAGUCAUGGGCUUCGGAGGUUUCAUAGUCGUCGCGGCGUGCGUGAUGACGUUCGAGGCCCGCAACAGCGCAGCCAAGGUCAUGCCGGCGCGUUUCCGGUUCAACAACGCCCAGCAGACCCAAAGCGUGAAAACCGGGGCCAAGAACCACCAGCGCAGCCGCAAGUCCACCUCGAGCCAGACGAGCAAGUGGGACCACCAGCUCGGGCUGUUUCGGACUAACCGCAGCCCGAGCCCGAGCCUGCGCGAGUCCUCGCGACGCCGGCAGCUGCUCACCGCCGAGUUCGUGCAGUUUUCCAAGGCCCUCGAGGACCGCGGGGUCACCAGGCCCAUAAAGAGGAGUCCCAGUGCUCCUGUCCUCGACGCCCACAAAAAGUCACCCACGAGGCUGGGCACGGCCCGCGGGGCGAGACAGUCCGGCAGGUACGCCGGUUCGUCCACCGCUGGCAGGUGCGCCCUACUCAACCCCGAGCUGCUCAAGAGACACGCCAUUUCGGUGGACAAUCCGGGGUACAGUCCACACCAGGUGGGCAGCUCUACAAUAAGAUAUCCCGACGAUUUUGUACCGCGAAAAAGGAACUCCAUAGACAUGCGUAUACUGGAGGAUCUAACAACUAGAGAUUUGGCUAAAGUCUCGCCCCGUGAUUUUCGAAAGAUUUCGUCACCCAAUUUUAGAAAAAUGUCUUUGGACCGAAUAGGUGGUGAGCGCCGAUUGGAGAAAACACUAGGCUCGAGAAAGGCAAGCUUGGAGUCUAGGCGAAGUCCGGAUUUGAGGAAAUCUGACUACAGAAAGUACUCGAUCGAGCGCUUCACGGCUGACUGCGCGAAAUAUCUCGCAGAAGGGCUCGAGGGCAAAGCUCGGGCCAAUAGUGGCGAGAAUCUACAGCGGAGGCCACGCCACCCGAAACUUUACCACUCGCGCUCCGACGACAAUCGGCGCCGAUCUUUCGAUCGGCAUCGGGGUGAUUCGCAAUCCAGCCGCUAUUCUCUGAAUACACAGUUUUACUCGAUAUUAGCAAAUUGA